AUGUCUAUUAAGCGUCUGCCGCGGCCGCUGCAGCUCGCAAUUGCCAAUGCUGCUCAUCAGCGCAGCCCUUCUUUGUCACUAAACUGUUGCUGUCCACUUGAUAAUCUAAUGUGUUCCAUUUGCUUUGAUAUCUUGAGCUUUCCAGUCACACUACCGUGCGGACACAACUUUGAUCGGGGCUGCAUCUUAACAGCAUGGACUCAUACUUCCUCGUCGCCACGUCGAGCAACAGUGCAACAGAGAGGCAAUUUGUGUCCGUUAUGCCGGCAACAGACUCAUAUUUACCCAGCGGAGCAGCUGCAGGUCAAUUUACUACUCAAGGAGCUCAUUGCGUCGCUGUAUCCUGCAGAAAUGCAGUGUGCAGCCACACCAAUGAAGCAGCAAAGUCCACGCGUGACGCUGCUGCCGGUGUUGUCUCCGCGUGCGAACGGAGGUGCGCUCACCACUAAUACAGCAGCCUCGGCGUUUCGACGACGACCGAGUCUGCGCACGUUUUCGUCCUUUGUUUACGUUUGUACGGCAUCGGUAACAGACCCGCCCGGGUUUGUCCUUGCAGUCUUGCUGCUUUUAAUCCUUCUGGCCACAGCUUGCAGUCCACAGCCGGCAACAGCACCACCGGCUGCAUCUGCAAUGGUCAUGUUUGACACGAUGGAUCGUGUGUGCAACGGACUGUCACUCAUGAUCCACCGAAUUUCGAUGCAAAUGGACCAACUGGAUCAACUCUCGCCAUGGAUUCGACUCAUUUCGUACGUUCUCUAG